CUGUAGGUGACGUCAAACCAGCAUGGCGGUCAAGGUGACUUCGGCAUCGUUCCUUUUGCCAUUUUCAACCCCUACUUCUGUCAUUUUUCUUGGUGUUUUGCUCGUUUUCGUGUGUAGGAACAGUCGAGGCGAGUGUGCGCCAGACGAGCCUUGCCUUGUAGCAUCACCGGGCUAGCUGACGCCCGGCGGCCGGCCGGUCGGCGGCUGCUUGCUGGCCUUGAUGACACUUCUUCCCAACAAGCUGGAGGGAGGAUAUAGCUCCGUAAUGCUAACCAGCUGUGCAAUCAACCAAACGUGGCGAUCCAAGUGAGCUCAAAGCCAUCUUCCAGAAGUAUGCCAGUGAAGUGGACAAAGAUGAAGACAGGUUCAUGACCCCAGGAGACUUUGUCCAGAAGUAUCUGGGCCUGCAAACACAGAUCCACCACAACCCCAGAACUGUACAGCUGCUGGCUGCUGUGGCCGACACUACGAAGGACGGGCUCAUCUCAUUCCAGGAGUUUCUUGCCUUUGAGUCAGUGUUGUGUGCACCUGACGCUCUCUUCAUAGUUGCCUUCCAGCUAUUUGACAAGACCGGAACUGGAGACAUUUCCUUUGAGAAUGUACGAGAUAUUUUCAGCCAGACCACAGUGCACCACCAUAUUCCCUUCAACUGGGACUGCGAGUUCAUCCAUCUGCACUUCGGGCACGACCGUAAGAAACGUCUCAACUACCUCGAGUUCACCCAGUUCCUGCAGGAGCUGCAGUUGGAGCACGCUCGGCAGGCCUUUGCCCAGAAGGACAAAGGGAAGAAUGGCGUCAUUUCCGCUUUGGACUUCAGUGACAUUAUGGCCACCAUCAGGCACCACAUGCUCACACCAUUUGUGGAGGAGAACCUUGUCUCAGCAGCAGGAGGCAGCACUUCUCACCUGGUCAGCUUCUCUUACUUCAAUGCAUUCAACUCCCUCCUUAACAACAUGGAGCUGAUUCGCAAGAUCUACAGCACACUGGCCGGCUCGUGGAACGACACACUGGUCACCAAAGAGGAGUUUGUUCAUGCUGCCAACAAGUUUGGUCAAAUCACGCCAAUGGAAAUUGACAUCCUGUACCAGUUAUCAGGCCUGCACUCCCCCUCAGGACGCCUGAAUCUGGCUGACAUUGAGAGAAUAGCUCCGCUAGAAGAAGGAAGUCUUCCAUAUAACCUGGCUGAAACCCAGAAACAGAGUCAGGCUCAAGGGGACAGUUCAAGGCCUGUAUGGCUCCAAGUUGCAGAAUCUGCUUACAGGUUCACUUUGGGCUCUAUUGCUGGAGCCACGGGCGCAACGGCGGUGUACCCAAUUGACUUGGUGAAGACCCGAAUGCAGAACCAAAGGUCCACGGGGUCUUUUGUUGGGGAGCUGAUGUACAAGAACAGCUUUGACUGCGCCAAGAAAGUGCUUCGCUACGAAGGCUUCUUUGGCUUCUACAGAGGUUUGGUUCCCCAGCUUAUUGGCGUGGCGCCUGAGAAGGCCAUCAAACUCACUGUGAAUGACUUCGUACGUGACAAGUUCACCGACAAGGAUAACUCAAUUCCUUUCCUUGCUGAGAUCUUGGCUGGUGGCUGUGCCGGAGGAUCCCAGGUGAUCUUUACUAACCCUCUGGAGAUAGUGAAGAUCCGUUUGCAGGUGGCAGGCGAGAUCACCACCGGGCCUCGAGUUAGCGCAAUCAACGUGGUGCGAGACUUGGGCUUCUUUGGCCUCUACAAGGGAGCUAAGGCCUGUUUCCUGAGGGACAUCCCCUUCUCCGCCAUCUAUUUCCCCGCCUACGCCCACCUCAAGUCCUUGAUGGCUGACGAACAAGGUCGGCUCGGUGCCUUGCAGCUUCUCACUGCUGGAGCCAUUGCAGGUAUCCCUGCAGCAUCGCUCGUGACGCCUGCCGACGUCAUCAAGACUCGUCUGCAAGUGGCCGCCCGGGCGGGUCAGACCACCUACUCCGGAGUCACCGAUUGCUUCAGAAAGAUCAUGCGGGAGGAAGGAUUCCGAGCCCUGUGGAAGGGAGCGGGAGCUCGUAUGUGCCGGUCCUCUCCCCAGUUUGGUGUCACUCUGGUAACCUAUGAACUCUUACAGAGGUGGUUCUACAUUGACUUUGGAGGACAUCGUCCAUCAGGAUCCGAGCCCACGCCCAAGUCUCGCAUCUCGGAGCUACCCCCCAUCAACGCCGAUCACGUCGGAGGCUACAGUCUGGCCGCCGCCACCUUCGCCGGCGUGGAGAACAAAUUCGGCCUACACCUGCCCAAAUUCAAGUCCACGGGCGUUGUGUCUAUUCACCCCCCAGAGCCCGCCGCUUCCACUCAGUCCACUUAGGCAGAGUCUGAGCAUUCAUAUCGCUUCUCUAUCAUCCUUUUCCAGGAGUCGGGCAUGAAGAUAUUCACACCAACAACAAUAAAGAACACAGCCUCAGUUAUAAUGCCCGGGGAGGGGGGUGUAGAUUCAAGAACAAACGGCAGCUUGUGGUUAAAUGUAGUGCGGCCAACCCACCCCCCCCCCCCAGCCAAUCGCGGUGCAGCACCUGGUCGCCGGGAGAACUGCAGCAACUGUGUCAUAUCUUCAGUGGCUGUCCACUCCUAGAAUCUCCAUUGGUCAAUCCAGAAUCCAUACGAAACAGCCUUAAGCACUCCUCUCUCAUGAGUAGCUCUGAUUUUUGUUCGCUUUCUUUUUUUUUUUAUACUCUUUUGUGAGUAAAAGCUGGGGUCAUAGAAACUAAUUAGCUUGUUAGCCGUGUAUUGUGUGUAGGGUUGCAAAGAGGGGGGAUGUUAUGUUUCCGGGAACUUUCCAUGGGAAUUGAAUAUGGCUGAAUCUGGUUGUUUUAAGUCAGGCUUAUGCUGAUAUCAAUGACUUUUUUACAUUUAAUUUCCAUAGUAAGAGCCACCCUUAAAUUUGGUAAAUUUCUGUUAAUUCCCAUGGAAAGUUUUCGACUUAAAAAUUUCUGGAAUUUUGCAACCCAAGUUGUGUGUGGUGUCACUCACAGGAGGAUGAAAUACUGUACAUAUUGUAAAAGUAAUGUUUAGCACAGCGGUUAUGAAAAUGUAACAUGCAGUAUUGUACAUACUGGAAAACUGCUGAGACAACUGUUAAAAGGUGACAUCUAAUGCAUGGUGUGAUUAUUGUCAUGUUACAGCAAGAGGGGAGCAAUGAGAGUCACGCUUACUGGUGUACAAACCUUUGCGUUCAUGAAAUUAAGUAUUCAUGAAGUAUAUGCUUAAAAGUUCAGUCAUUUUAUUGAAAUAAAUAUGUGGUUUUAAUUUUACAAACACA